CAUUGGCCAGUGUAAAGAAGACAAAAAUCCAGAAAAGUUUCCAUUUCUUUUCAUGUAUCCUUGUGUGUUUCCCUAUCAUUAACAUCAUCAUCAGUAAAUUGAAAGCGCAUUCAUCGACUGUUCAUCCUCAUCAUAAUCAUCAUCAACAAACCAAACCAACAGCAACAUUGAAAUGCAAAAAGGAUACAAGUGAAAAGGAUCUUUGUAAAUGUUGAUAGCUUUUUCACUUCGAAACACAAAUAGAUAAAAAAGAAAGAAGAAAAAGAAAAAUGUAUUUUUCAAUGUUUACAUUCAAAUGUGCCACUUUUUUUACUCUCUUCACGCUAAUCUGAAUCCAUAGAAGCAAGUUUUUAUCACACAAUCAAUAAAACCAUUGGAAUUGGAAGGAAAAGUUAUGAAAAAAUAUUGAAAGGCAACAAAUCAAGGAAAAAGUUGAAAAGCUCAACAAAUGGGAAAUGCAGAGCAAAAAUAGAUUGAAUACAAUACAAAACUGAUGAAAUAGCCAAUGCCAAGUCAACAUAUUAUCAUAAUAUUGAUUUCGUCUUCGUCAACCAGAAAAAAAGAGUAACAUUUUUUCACAUGUAAAUGUGUGUUCAUGUAAGAAUGUGAAAAGAAAAUGUUUCCAAAAAGUGAUCUUUUGACUGGAAGGACUCGAUAACGAUUAGUGACAUCAGUGAAACUUGCAAAACCAUUGGAUAAAACUGAACAUCGAAAAAGAGGAAAAAUUAAAUCUUUCAUUCUUGUCGAUUCCCUGUUCAUCUCGUCUUUUCAUUUUUCACCUUUUCUCUCAGUCACUGAAUGAUGAAAUUAGAAAGAAAUAUGAAGGUUUGUUAGUUGAGCUUAGCUUUUCUUUUCGUAGCUAUGUUAAGCUAAUCAUUUGUCAAGACGUUAUUACCUUUACCUUAAAUGUUAACAAUAGUUGCUGUAACAUCAUCAUCAUCAUCAACAACCAACAACAACAUCUAAUAAAACGAUAAAAAAGAGUAUAAAAAAGCAAGAAGCAAACUAAGCUUUAUUAAGGUAAGAAGAAGGAAAUAUUAGAUGGAAUAAGUAAAAUUAAUGAAAAGGAAAAAAAAUGUUCUUCUCUUGAUCAUCAUCAUUAUCAUCAUAUUUUCUUGCUCUCUUUACCAUCUUUAACUCAACGAUAUGAACAUUUCAAGUUGUAAAGCUUUUUUGUCGAGCUGUUUAUUGUUCAAAGGUAAAGGUUAAAUGUUUUCAAAUGCAAGCUCAAUCCUUGGAUUGCUAAUCAAUUUAAAGUUCAACGCUUUUUUCAUCAUCAUUUACAUGGGAUUUCUCAAUGUGAUUGUGAAGUGUGUUUGGUGAAUUGACAUUUUUUCAACUUUUUUCUUGAUUCUUGUGCUUUUAUCAUGAAAGGUCAACUUUUUGUCAUCAUGUUUUACCUUUCAUCAACUUCAAUUUGGAUUAAUUGUGAUUCGGUCAACGAGCCAAAUGUUGAUAGUAAUGAAUUUGAUAAACUUUUGUCACCCAGGAAGGUGAAGACUAAGUAUGGUUUCCUUCAAGGCAUACUUAUAUCACUUUCACCCUCAUCAUCAUCACCCAGUUCAACUACUUCAGUGUCUUCACCUGCCUCACCAGGUUCCUCACCAUCAUCUUUACAGUCGCCCUCUUCAAGUGAAAAUGUUGCCUCUGACAGAACACCUGAAUCACCUUUGAAAGGUUAUCGUCUGUUGAAUUCAGUUGAAGCCUUUCUUGGAGUACCUUAUGCUGCACCACCAGUCAACUCGCUUCGCUUCAUGCCUCCAGUGACACCAGCUCAUUGGCGUGGGACUCGACUGGUUAACCAUUACCAGCCAGUGUGUCCACAAAAGUUACCCAAAGCCUUUGAUGCUCAGGGUAACAUUAAGGAUUCACCUUCAAAUGAAAAUCUCAUGAGAGGAAAUUAUGGCUACUUUUCAAGGAUAAUCCCACAUUUAUCCAAUCAAAGUGAAGAUUGUCUCUAUCUAAAUGUUUACCUGCCUUUACCAAAAGGAGAUUCUGAUAAAAAACUUCCAGUAAUGGUAUUUAUUCAUGGUGAAUCGUACAAUUGGGGAUCUGGUAAUACUUAUGAGGGAACCAUUUUAGCUGCCUAUGGGAACAUUGUUGUGGUAACUCUUAAUUAUCGUCUUGGAUUAUUUGGUUUCCUUCCAACCAUAAUUGAUGGUAAUACUCGAGGUAAUCAUGGUCUAAUGGACAUCAUUGCUGCUCUCCAUUGGAUCCACGAUAAUAUCAAAGAGAUUGGUGGAGACGAAAAGAAUGUCACUUUGGUUGGACACAGUCGAGGUGCCGCUUUCGUCAAUCUAUUAAUGAUAUCACCAAUGAGCCAAGGUUUGUUUGAUAAAGUUAUCCUGAUGAGUGGCUCAGCGUUGAGUUCAUGGGCAAUCUCUCAUAGAAUUGAAGAUUAUGCAAAAUAUUUAUCGAAAGCUGUUAACUGUCCCAAUUAUGACAACAUUUUAAUGGUCGAUUGUCUUCGAACCAAAUCAAUGGUUGAAUUGUUAAAGGUUGAUCUGGAAGAAGAUGAUGACUUUUAUCUUUCUGGUUUUGGUCCCAUCAUUGAUGGCCUUGUGGUUCCGUCUGAUCCUCGGUUGGUCAUGGAAUCAGUAAAUAGUUCAUCUUCAAUUAACUCAAUUUUAGCCAACAUCAAGAAAGCCUCUUCAUCUUCAUUCUCUCAUUAUUCCCAUAACUCUGUUAAUACAAAUAUCCAUUCUAAUGGUGCCGGUAACAACAAUAAUAAUGGUAAUAAUAACGAUAAUAAUGUAAAUAGCAAUAUGAAACAAAAUGCCUUUGGAGGUAACAAACCUUACCAAUUAAUGUUUGGUGUUACCAGAGUAGAAGCUCCUAUUUUAUUUAAUAAAGAUGAAGAGAAACAAGGAAUUGAUUUGGAUAAAAGAGAUUCCAUUUUACGAACUCUUGUACGAAAUAUGGUUAAUUAUUAUCAAGAGGUUAUUUCAUUAACUCUUAUUAAUGAAUAUACUGAUUGGAGUGUUCCUUCUGAGCAUCCAAUUAAUAUUUUGGAUUCCCUUAUUGAUAUUCUUGGUGACGCUUUGGUUGUUGCCCCGAUAACCCGAGCUGCCUCAUUGCAUUACAAGAAACUUCAAUCGCAAUUGCAGCGGAUCAAAGGAAAUGAUAAAACAAUCAAGAUUGAAGCGCCUUCAAUUUAUUCAUAUGUUUUUGUCUACCAAUCUGAAAGCUAUGGUUAUUCAGCUCGAUUGGGUUGUGUACAUGGCGAUGAGCUUCCAUACCUGUUUGGUGCCCCACUUGCUCAACAUUAUUUAUCCAAAUCUUUAGGACACUUUCGCCUCAAUUAUAGCAAACCCGAGUUGAUUCUAUCUGAAAUGACCAUUAAUCAAUGGGUUAAUUUUGUUAAAUUUGGCAAUCCAAAUGGAAUCAAAACACAAUCAAAAGAGAAACUCGACAAUCUAGUUUGGCCUGAAUACGAUACAAUCCAAAGGAAAUAUUUGAUGUUAGGAAUGAAACCAAAGAUUCGUGAUCAUUAUCAUAGCCAUAGAUUAUCAUUUUGGCUCAACUUGAUUCCUAAAUUGGAGCGUCAUGCUAAGGAUGAAACUGAACAUUUAAAGCGUCACUCGCAAGAUCAAGAAAUGCUAGACAAGAAUGGACAAGUUUCCGUCUUUGAACGAAUCUCGCUCAAAUUUCCAUCCUCACUUCAAUCGCUUGGAGGCCUUGCUGGGAGUAAGAAAAAGGAUUCCCUGUCUUCGUCACCUUCACUGGUUACAUCGGAUAAAAGUGCCACUUCAUCUGAACCCUUUGCUGGUUCCAACAACUUGGAUCACCUUAAAGAGUCCAAAAGCUCCAGUUCGAACAAUGAAAAUGGUGACAACUUAUUAUCAAAUCAGUCGACUGCAUUCCAACAUAUAAUUAACAAUCGAACCAUUUAUUCAACCGCUCUUAGUCUAACAAUAGCCAUUGGGAUUGUCUUGUUGACCAUUAAUGGGCUCAUCUUUGGUGCCGUCUAUUAUUACAUUAAUAAACAUCGAGUUGAAAAGAAUGGUCAAAAUGGUCGAAACAAAUUUUCUCCUGUUCGCUAUGUUGAUAUACAGUCGAGUCUGGAGGGGCCCUCGGCUUUACCUUCAAACUUAACCAGUGAUCAUCAUUAUGCAGGCUUUUGCUGUGAAAACCAUCACCUUUGCCCGUUCACGGGUGACCCACAGACUCACCACCUAACCCCCUCCUCUUCAUCCACAGCAUCAGCACAUCAUCACCACCAUUCACACCUUCAUCGCACCGAGUCACAUUCAUCGCCCUUGCGGUCGCCACCUUCAAACGGUUGUCACCUUUCAUCACCCACAUCAACCCACGAGUCUCAUGGGCAUCACCUUCAUCACUCCGGUUCACAACAAGCAACCUCAUCGGGCUCAUCUCACGUAACCCUUCAACCCUCAAUCACUGUUGCCUCCUUGAAUCCAUCUUCAAUGUCAUCCUCGUUAACCUCAUCAAACCAGGUUACAUCAGCUUCUCAACAACAAUUAACAUCAUCAGCUCAUCAAGAAUCAACGUCCAAUUUAAAUGAUUCUUGUGAAUCAAAAUUAACCUGUCAAUGUGAUUCUUGUUACCAUCAACAGUCCAUCUGUGAUAAUGGUCACUGUCUUACAGUUAUCCAUGAAUUUGAUGAGCAUCUUUGACAUCAAUUGAUCAACAAUUGUACAAACAAUCAGUUAAACAGUUAAAUAGUGCAAAUAGAGGGAAUAAAGUUCAAUUUGAUUCUCUCAUGUUAAUCAAAUUCAAAUUGUACAGAUAGACAAUUGAAACAAGAUUGAAAUAAACAUGAAAAUGAAAGGCUUUUUGGUUAAUCAAAAAGUCCAUUUCGUCCAAACGAGUUUUCAUAGUUAAAUUUGAUCAACAAAAAUGCAACUGUUUCCUCUUAAUCAAUUGUCAACACUCAUCAAAUCAAGUUGUUUAAAUUCAACAUUUUUCAAUCAAUAAUUAAUUUUUCAUACAUCAACAAUGUUCACUUUUUAAACAUUGUUUAAUCAUUUUGUAUCUCAUGUGCAA